AUGAAUUUGGCCGCUCGUCGGUCGCUCGAUGCUCGGCGGAUUCAGCGAUGGUCGAGGGGGAGGAGGAGAGAGCACGUCGUGGAGGACGGGAGGUGGAAGGGGAAGAAGGGAAAAAGAACGGAAUGCGUUUGCGGAGCAGCGAUCAAGUGGCCUGGAAGGGUGGCUCGAGGGUGGGUAACGGCUUGUACAGAAUUUGGUAUGGGAGCAGGGGAUGGAAGCCAAACCCUGCACUACACACAUGUUCCUCCAUCCGAAAAGGGUUGGGGUUCAAGCGGAAUCUCGGGGAGAAAUUUGUUGACCAUUACCCUGCGUCUGAUUGACGUUUCGAUCAAAGUAUCUCAUUCAAUAAAAAGUGGGCAGCCUCGAUGGUCUCAACCCCAGUUGACUGCGACGGCAACCAGAAAGGCGACGAGAGACAGCCCCUUCACCCCUCGAGAGCCCGCCGAGGGCGGUGAUGCUUCUCAUUGGCUUCGGUCACCAGCCCCUCAAGCCACAGUCAUCUUGGACAGCAGCCAAAUCCAAAUCCGAGUGAUGAUCCUCUGGUUCUCCGAUGGACAUCACUCCGCAAGAGCGAGAUGA